GAAGGUUGUUCGCCCAGCCGGCUUCCUCGUUGGUAGUCCUCCUUUUCAACAUGGCGCAGUCAAUUAACAUCACGGAGCUGAAUCUGCCACAGCUAGAAAUGCUCAAGAACCAGCUGGACCAGGAAGUGGAGUUCUUGUCCACGUCCAUUGCCCAGCUCAAGGUGGUACAGACUAAAUAUGUGGAAGCCAAGGACUGUCUGAACGUGCUGAACAAGAGCAACGAGGGGAAAGAAUUACUCGUUCCACUGACGAGUUCUAUGUAUGUCCCUGGGAAGCUACAUGAUGUGGAACAUGUGCUCAUUGAUGUGGGAACUGGCUACUAUGUGGAGAAGACAGCUGAGGAUGCCAAGGAUUUCUUCAAGAGGAAGAUAGACUUCCUCACAAAGCAGAUGGAGAAGAUCCAGCCAGCUCUGCAGGAGAAGCAUGCCAUGAAACAAGCUGUCAUGGAAAUGAUGAGCCAGAAGAUUCAGCAGCUCACAGCCCUAGGGGCAGCUCAGGCUACAGCCAAGGCCUGAGAGUAUGUUGCAGAAAUGGAGCAGAGGGACCCUGCUUCAGGGGAUUGGGACUUUGUGGGAGUGACCUCCGGUGUCCCGGGAGGGAAAGAAUCUUGUGUUUAAUGCUAAUAAAUGUGCCAGCUGGGUA